AUGCACCGUCCGGACUUGACCAAAAAGCAGGAUUUCUCGGCGCUGGCCGUCGAAUUGGUUGAGGUCCCCGUUAAGAAGGGCGUGAUUGACCUCAACAAGGAGCUACCCAAUCCACAUCUUGAUCUACCGAAUUCCGCUUAUCAUCUCCUCCCCGAUGAGAAAGACGCCGGAACGAGUCCCCUUUCCGAAGAAGACGCCAUAUAUGCCCACCUGCCUCACGAUGAAAAGCAAAUACUUAAAAGCCAGCUGGACCAGCUCAACUCCACUGUUACUUUAUUCGGUCUUUACAAGUUUGCCUCUCGCCGCGAUCUGAUUAUUGUGGCCAUCAGCGCCGUAUGCGCGAUUACGGCCGGCGUUGCGCACCCCUUAUUUGCAAUUAUUUUUGGCUCGAUGAGCUCAGACUUUGCCAAAGUUUCGACUGGCGCGAUGGAGAAGGAGGCCUUUAUGCACGAACUCAACCAUAAGGUAGUAUACUACCUCUAUCUGGGAAUUGGCGAGUUUAUUACUGUGUACAUCAGUAUGGUUGGCUUUAUGCAUACGGGCGAGCACGUUACCCAGCAGAUCCGGGAGAAAUACCUCGAGGCGAUCCUGCGCCAGAACAUCGGCUACUUCGAUAAGCAGGGUGCCGGUGAGAUCACUACCCGUAUUACUGGCGACACGAACCUGAUACAGGAAGGGAUUUCUGAGAAGGUUGGCCUUACUCUGACUGCUAUAUCAACCUUUGUUACUGCCUUUAUUGUCGCCUACUGCAAGUAUGCCAAACUGGCCGGAAUUUGUACCUCCACCGUGAUCGCUAUGGUGCUGCUAGGCUCCAUUGGAUCGCGCUUUAUUGUCAAGUACAGUGAACUUUCUCUGCAGUGCUAUGGUGCUGGUGGCACUGUCGCCGAGGAAGUGAUUAGCUCGAUCCGCAAUGCCACAGCUUUUGGCACGCAGGAAAAGCUCGCUCGACAAUAUGAGAGCCAUCUGAAGAGGGCUGAACGAUGGGGCACGCGAAUGCAGAUGGCAACGGGGUUGCUGGUUGCAUCUAUGUUUUCUAUUAUGUUCCUGAACUAUGGGUUGGGAUUCUGGAUGGGAUCCCGAUACCUAGUCAAGGGUGAAAUCGACGUUGGAGCCGUUCUGACUAUUCUGAUGGCCAUUCUCACAGGCUCAUUCAGUCUAGGUAACAUCAGCCCUAACGCUCAGGCGUUUACCAAUGCCGUGGCUGCUGGUACCAAGAUCUUCGGUACGAUCGAACGUAAUUCCCCUCUCAACCCGACCUCUGAUGAGGGGAUGUGUCUGCCCUCUAUUAAGGGAGAUAUCCGCUUUGAGAAUGUCAAGCAUAUCUACCCAUCACGGCCAGAUGUGACUAUUAUGAAGGAAAUGAACUUGACAUGCCCUGCAGGCACAGUCACAGCUCUGGUUGGGCCUUCGGGUUCCGGCAAGUCCACCGCUGUGGGGCUGAUUGAGAGAUUCUACCUUCCUGUUAGCGGAACUGUUUCUCUUGAUGGCCAUGAUCUUGGAACUCUAAAUUUACGAUGGUUGCGUCAGCAGAUCUCUCUAGUGAGCCAAGAGCCCAUACUCUUCCGAUCUAGCAUUAGCCAAAAUAUUCGCUAUGGUCUAAUUGGAACUCGACAUGAAUACAAGCCAGAAUGGAGGAUCCGGGAGCUUAUUGAGAAUGCCGCGAAAAUGGCUAACGCCCACGAUUUCAUCACUGCUCUUCCAGAAGGAUACGAGACCAAUGUUGGCCAGAGCGGUCUUCUACUAUCGGGUGGACAGAAGCAGCGUAUUGCGAUUGCUCGAGCCGUUGUGUCAAACCCCAAGAUUCUUUUGUUGGACGAGGCUACCUCAGCCCUUGAUACGAAGUCUGAGGGCGUAGUACAGGCUGCUCUUGACAAGGCUGCUGAGGGGCGCACUACUAUCGUCAUUGCCCACCGACUAUCUACCAUCAAGAACGCUCACAACAUUGUUGUGUUCGUUAAGGGCGAAAUCCAAGAGCAGGGCACGCAUGAAGAGUUGCUUGAAAAGAAGGGUCACUACCACUCUUUGGUCGCAGCCCAACACAUCGCGGAAACCAAGAAGGAUGAUGACGAAUUAGACCCUGAUAUGUUAAUCGAACAGUCUGACGCCUCUAAGCAUCGCAUCAAGACUAUGUGGCGUGCGUCGACGGCUGAUCCGUCUUCUAUGUUCCGUCGUGGUUCUGUCGCUCGCCAUGGCUCUGUGAUGCGGCAGGGAUCCAUUGUUCGCCGUAGCUCAGUGAUCCGCCAGGGCUCUGUUGUUCGUCAUAGUUCUGUGAUCCGUCAAGGCUCCGUUGUUCACCAUGAGCCUCUGGAUCGCCAUCGCUCUAUGGUUCGCCACACAUCUAUUGCUCAUCCCUGCUCGACAUUACGUCCUCACUCGAUGUUCCAUCCUGCUAUGCGUGGCUCCUGGAACCGUGGCUCGAUGAUACGCCCGCCCACUUUCUACCCUGACAGAAAUCAGCGUGCAACUAUGUUGCUCCGCCCCGAAGAUCGUGCUGCCCUCGGCAUGUUUUCCCAAGAUAUCUCGAACACUAUGGAUUCCAUAAAGGCAGUCAAUCCAACUGAGUACCUGCGUCAUAGCUACCUCGGAAUGGAGGCUGGUGACGAUGACUGCAGUUCAAGCUUCAUUCUUGCGGAAGAGGAACCCAUGGAGCCACAGCAGUACUCCCUACUUUCGCUGAUUAAGUUCACAUUUGAGUUCAAUUCGAAUGAGUGGAAGGCCUUGACGGUUGGGUUUAUCUUUGCGAUGCUUGCCGGCUGUGGUCAACCCAUCCAAGCUUUCUUGUAUUCUCAGGCAAUAGGGGCUAUCUCUCUUCCCCCGCGUGAAUACAAAGAACUUCGCUCAGAUGUUAACUUCUGGUCCUUGAUGUUCUUAGUAACUGGAAUCUCUCAGUUUUUCACCUCCGGGGCCAUGGGUGUUUCCUUUGCAUACUGCUCCGAACGCUUGAUCUGCAAUGCCCGGAGCAAGGCUUUCCGCGCCAUCCUUCGUCAGGACAUGAACUUCUUCGAUCGUGAAGAGAACAGCGUCGGUGCACUGACUUCUUUUCUUUCGACUCAGACGAAGUCUCUCGCUGGCAUUAGUGGUCAGACUCUUGGAACCAUCCUAUCAUGCAGUACCACUUUGAUAGUCAGUAUAAUCAUUGGUCUUGCCUUCAGCUGGCAGCUUGCUUUAGUUGUGAUGUGUGGUGUCCCUGUUCUCCUGGCAUGUGGCUACUAUCGGUUCGAGAUGCUUGCCAGGUUUCAGAGCCGCUCUAAGAAAGCAUACGCUCAAUCUGCUGCUUAUGCUUGUGAAGCUACUAGUGCCAUCCGUACUGUGGCUGCUCUUACUCGUGAAGAUGACGUGGCAAGGCACUUCCACCUGCAAUUAGAGGCUCAGACCUAUAGCAGUCUUAUUGCGGUUGCCAAGUCUUCAACUCUCUAUGCUGCCUCUAUGGCCAUGGUGUUCUUCUGUGUUGCCCUUGGCUUCUGGUGGGGUGGGACUCUGGUAUCUCGCGGCGACCUCAAUCUUCUUGGAUUUUUCGUCUGUUUUACCGAAAUUCUGUUUGGUGCUCAGUCGGCCGGCACGGUUUUCUCCUUCUCCCCCGAUAUGGGCAAAGCCAAAAAUGCGGCCAUCCAGACCCGUAUCUUACUAGAACGUGAGCCUCCUAUCGACACAUGGUCUGAAGAGGGUGAGCGUGUCUGGAAGAUGGAGGGCGAGAUUGAAUUCCGUGAUGUGCAUUUUAGCUAUCCCACUCGCCCAGAUCAGCCUGUCCUGCGCGGUCUGGACUUGACCAUUAAACCCGGUCAGUAUGUCGCGCUGGUUGGACCAUCUGGAUGUGGAAAGAGUACGACUAUUUCCUUAUUGGAGCGCUUUUAUGACUGCGUGGAUGGCGGUGUCUACGUCGAUGGCCGCAAUAUCGCCGACCUCAACGUUAAAUCUUACCGAGAGCAUCUUGCCCUGGUCAGCCAGGAGCCUACUCUAUACCAGGGUACUAUUAAGGAAAAUAUCAUGUUGGGGGUCGAGCGACGCCAUGUCACCGAUGCCGAUAUCGAGAAGGCCUGCCGUGAUGCUAACAUCUACGACUUCAUCACAUCUCUACCUGAUAGUUUCAACACUAUCGUUGGUAACAAAGGCGGCAUGCUAUCCGGUGGUCAGAAGCAGCGCGUGGCCAUUGCUCGGGCUCUUUUACGUCGUCCCAAGAUCUUGUUGCUCGAUGAGGCUACAUCGGCUCUUGACUCCGAAUCUGAAAAGAUUGUGCAAACUGCUUUAGAUGCCGCGGCCAAAGGUCGUACUACCGUAUCCGUGGCUCACCGAUUGAGCACCAUCCGGAAUGCCGACAUCAUCUACGUGUUCGAAGAUGGCAAGGUUGCUGAAGCCGGGAACCACAUCGAGUUGAUGAGGAAGAGGGGCCGCUACUAUGAACUUGUCAACCUGCAGAGCCUCGAAAAGACUGUUUGA